AGGGGGGCGGGGGGGGGGAGCGUCUCGGCCAGCUAGGCUGCAGCUUCUGCUAAACCUGCCAGCGAGGAAGCGAGAAGACGAACACCCGACAAAAAUGACAUCUCGGAGGUGGUUCCACCCCAACAUCACCGGCGUGGAGGCGGAGAACCUGCUGCUGACCCGGGGGGUGGACGGCAGCUUCUUAGCCCGACCCAGCAAGAGCAACCCGGGAGACUUCACCCUCUCAGUGCGGCGAAAUGGAGCCGUCACCCACAUCAAGAUCCAGAACACGGGCGACUACUACGACCUGUACGGCGGGGAGAAGUUCGCCACCCUGGCGGAGCUGGUGCAGUAUUACAUGGAGCACCACGGCCAGCUGAAGGAGAAGAACGGAGACGUCAUCGAGCUCAAGUACCCGCUGAACUGUGCCGACCCCACGUCGGAGAGGUGGUUCCACGGUCACCUGUCGGGCCGUGAGGCCGAGAAGCUGCUGACGGAGAAAGGGAAGAACGGCAGCUUCCUGGUGAGGGAGAGCCAGAGCCACCCCGGGGAUUUCGUUCUGUCAGUCCGGACGGGAGACGACAAGACGGACAGCAGCGACAACAAGCCCAAAGUCACCCACGUGAUGAUCCGCUGCCAGCAAGACCUGAAGUAUGACGUGGGCGGCGGGGAGAAGUUCGACUCCCUCACCGACCUGGUGGAGCACUACAAGAAGAACCCGAUGGUGGAGACCCUGGGCACCGUGCUGCAGCUCAAACAGCCCCUGAACACAACUCGUAUCAACGCUGCAGAGAUUGAAAGUCGAGUGCGGGAGCUCAGCAAACUGGCGGAGGCCACGGACAAAGUCAAGCAGGGCUUCUGGGAGGAGUUUGAGACGCUGCAGCAGCAGGAGUGCAAACUGCUCUACAGCCGCAAGGAGGGCCAGAGGGCGGAGAACAAGAACAAGAACCGCUACAAGAACAUCCUGCCCUUCGACCACACGCGGGUGGUGCUGACCGACAGGGAGCCGAGUGAGCCGGGCUCCGACUACAUCAACGCCAACAUCAUCAUGGUGGUGCCUGCUGUCAUGCCGGAGCUGGACCCGAAGUGCAACAGCACGAAGGUGAAGAAGAGCUACAUCGCCACGCAGGGCUGCCUGCAGAACACCAUCAGUGACUUCUGGAGGAUGGUGUUCCAGGAGAACUCCAGGGUCAUCGUCAUGACGACCAAGGAGGUGGAGCGGGGGAAGAGUAAAUGUGUGAAGUACUGGCCGGACAUGUCGGCGCUGAAGGAGUACGGAGCGAUGCGCGUCCGCAACGUCAGAGAGACGUCGGCACACGACUACAUCCUGAGGGAGCUCAAGCUGUCCAAGGUCGGACAGGGCAACACGGAGCGCACGGUGUGGCAGUACCACUUCAGGGCGUGGCCUGACCACGGCGUGCCCACCGACCCGGGCGGCGUGCUGGACUUCCUGGAGGAGGUCAACCUGAAGCAGGAGAGCAUCGUGGACGCCGGGCCCAUAGCGGUGCACUGCAGUGCGGGCAUCGGGAGGACAGGAACCUUCAUCGUGAUCGACAUCCUGAUCGAUGUGAUCAGGGAGAAAGGCGUGGACUGCGACAUCGACGUGCCGAAGACGAUCCAGAUGGUGCGCUCGCAGCGCUCCGGCAUGGUGCAGACGGAGGCACAGUACCGCUUCAUCUACAUGGCGGUGCAGCACUACAUCGAGACGCUGCAGCGGCGCAUCGAGGAGGAGCAGAAGAGUAAGAUUAAAGGGCGCGAGUACACCAACAUCAAGUACUCCCUGUCCGACCUGUCGGGGGGGGAGCAGAGCCCGCUGCCCCCCUGCACCCCCCUCCCCACCUGCACAGAGAUCUCCAUCCCUGAAAGCUUCUUCAGGCAGCCUCACCUCGACGCCUGAGACCCGCUGGCCUGACGACACACAUACACACACACAGAGACUCCGGCUACUCCUCCUCUUACGUGAGCGUUCUCCCUCUCGUUGACCUCUGACCUCUGUGAUGAUCCUCUGAAGCCGAACGCCACUAAACCGACGGGUUGUUGGGCGCGUCGACUCCUCGGGGGAGGAGCCUCCUCCAGACCUCCGCUCGCCUCCUCUGCUUGUCUUUGUUAUGACCAAAGGACACGAGGAGUUUAGCACGCCUCCAUUCGGCCUGCUCUGAAGCGGCGGAGACACGCCCCUCUUUGUGGUUCCCUGAGUGGGGACCUCUUAUAGCGUAACACCAGAUUUGCUGAUGAUUCCUAAUCCACUUCUAGACAUGAAUUCCUUUUUGUUCGUUGCUGCCAGAACUGCCUUGAAGAGGAACUUAAAUUCAGGCCUUUCUUUGUUAUUUUCUUGUUUUUCAUCUUCCACGUGGUUAAAUGAUUUUUUAUUAUAUAUUUUUUGGGGAUACACACCGUGUCUGAUCCAUUCCUGAGCGCAAGCCCAACGGCCUUAUAUAUAUUAUAUAUAUAAAUAUAUUAUAUAUAUAUUAAUUAAUAUAUAUAUAUAUUAAUUAAUAUAUAAAUAUAUUAAUUAAUAUAUAAAUAUAAGCUAACCUGCGGUUUAGAGGACGCGUGUUAACAUUUCAGGCCACGGCUGCCAGAAAAGAAAACUGUUUUGUACCUUUUUGUAUUUUUGUUUAAAGUGCGUAUUACUUACUUUUUCUUUUUUUCUCCAUUACUUUGUGUUUUAUUAUUUUUGUGUUAUUUUUUUAAAGAAAUGCCUUUUUUGUGAACCAUUUGCCUAUUUUUGAGCACCACAUGUACUUAAUGUUAAGAGUUUAAAGAAGCGAUCACACGAUAUUGGUCAUCAACACACACACACACACUAUCCAAAACACUCAUUUCAAAGUACUUAUUUUAUUUGAGUCUUCCCAUCAUGCAGCACUUCUCCUCAGUGAACCGCUUCGUUCUGUAACUUUAGAAACUGAACCGCAUCAUGAAAACAGUGGUUUUUCUUUGGGGGGGGGGGGGCCUCCUCCUCCUCCUCCUCCAACAAGUGUCCUCUUAGAUGAUUCCUCUCCUGCGGUGAAAGUGUGUGUGUGUGUGUGCUCUCCCCAUUGACCGUGUCAGCGCUGUUGAUGCAUAGACGUGCCUUCUAUGCAUAUAUGCCUAUGUGUGUGUAUGUGAUAGCUAUUAAAAGUAUAUUAAAAUAAACACAACAACAACAACAGUGCUCUUUUAGUUCCAUCGCCUUUCAAGAACCUGUAAACACUUAAAUGUGAAUUCUGCAACAAACAAAAAAAAGGAUGAAAACAACCGGUGAUCGCAAUGCAAACAAACUAUAUUUUUUAACAUGUAUAUUGUACACGAGUACCUUGGUAGAGGAGAUUGUACUUACUAAAAUAAUAUCUACUUGCCAAUAAGAUAUACUGUAUAUUCCUACAGCUUUCCCUGUGUGACCCACAGGGGGCGCUCUCCCCGCUGCAGAGGGUUUAUUGUAUGACUGUUAACCCGGUUAACUUCCUCAGUAACAAUAAAUGUCUCUCGCCUCA